AUGGACUUUGAACAAUACGGACAGAGCUCCCAGCAGCCCAGGCAACGGAGAAGAAGAGCUGGAAAGCGGCGAUUGAACAACAAGGCUCCUAUUGCAGCUCGUUUGGCGCUAGAUCCCCAGCUGCGUGGGAAGGUCGGCAUCUUAUCCGAGGAUCUGGCGAACGACCUCUUCCAGCAGCAAGCCCUUCAAGGUAAGUUCCGAACGACCUUAGAAAAGGCCAAUGGCAUGAGUAAUAACAGUUUUGGCUUCUUGCAAUCAGAUGUCACCACUUCCGACGAUGGAGUACUAUAUGUUGCUAUUGCCCCGCAUACCCCGACUUAUACCUCCGUGGAGGAUCAGGCUUGGACGAUCCUCCCCGUGCGCAUCCAGCCUACAGAGAGAUCACCGGUUCCAUUGUCACACUCUACCGUUUUGUUCCCCGAAUCAGCCGAUUCUCUCCAGCCUUUUCUCCAGGCUUUGGGGAAGGUGGACUCCUCGCGCAACUCCCUACAAGCACACCGCUCUGUAGAGAUUCGAAUUCUGGACGUUGCCCCGAUCCACCUCGAUACGAUAUUCGUGACAGUAGAGCGACAUCUCCUCCGCAACCAUGAUGACAUUCAGAAUAAAUUUGGUGGUGGAUUUACGAAUGCGCAGGGGCCUAACGGGCUCUGGGGCAAGGCGGGAAAGGCAGCAGAAGCCAAGAAGUACUCAAAACGAGCCUCUGUGGAUGCUGAACAGCGUCUUACUGCGGCAGUCCGUGAGGCAUUGGGAGCUCAGCGCAUUGUACAUACUGGAGACGUGUUGCCGCUGCCUCUGCCUCCUCAUCCUAUUACCUACGCGCCCCCACCACCUGCGCGAAUUUCAUUCUGUGAGCCUGUUUCGCAAGGUCUAUUGAUAUCUACCACGAAGAUUGUGCUUGUUCAGGCCCGACCUCAAGGCCUUCGCUCCCAACAGACUCUACCCUCCAGAUCAGCGCUUUUGAAACAAGUGGCCGAGGACGAGGCCGAUGACACCUCCAACGAACAAUUCUAUUCCGCGGCGGAAGAUAAGCCCAGUGAAAGUGGGACGGAAAUGGAGGCUACAUCAGCUGCAGAGGAAUCGGAAACAGAGGGCUCCGCAGGCUCUAUGAGUGAUUCGUCGGAUGAUUCUCUCGAAGACAUGAUCUCCCUCAGUGCGCCUGAACUACCUCAGCCACCUUCGGGAGCUAUGUCUGCUUUGACUUCUGCGACUCCUAGAGCUGGUGGCCGAAGAAUGGAUGGAAUCCAUACCCCCGGCUCUGUGGCAUCGAACUUCACAUCGACCACUAUGCGUCCGGGCCGUGGCGGAGGAAAGACCUUCAAGGUUGAAGGUCUCCUACAACAAGUCCCGAAUGAAGUAUUACAUCCCCGGCCUCGUGAUGAUGAAGAUGUCGACUCCUUCGUCUUUGUGGAUAUCAGCACUCUGGCCAAGAUUGGAUGUUUUUCCGGAGAUUGGGUUAGGAUCGAAGCUGCCGAGGAACCCCAGCUUAAUAUGUUCGCCUCACUCAAGUUCGGAAGUUUCAACGACUCCCCUGAAGAUUCUGGCGAUUGGCGCCCGGUCAAGAUCUUUGGCCUUUCAGGUCUACCGUCAUCGAAACCCCGGUAUGCCAUUAAUCACUCCGGCGAACGUCGGCCUAGCAUCUCGCAGCGCCAACCCACACGCUUGACGCCUUCAGUUUUUGUUCCUCCUCUACUCCUUGGAAACAUCGAAAACCCCAAGUACCUUCGGAUCUCUCCCAUGACAUUCGCAACCCCCAACGGAUCCUCUAAGCCUGGCCUCUUGCAUCACAUGAAGAACACUGCUACGAAGAACCCACCUCUGGCCAAGGAAGUCACAUUGCUCAAGGUUUCAACCCCUCUUUCAAUGGAUCGUGUUCUUCAGCCAGCAUUAUUUGCAGGACUCAAGCAGUACUUUGAGUCCCGCCGACGUAUCCUCAAAAGUGGCGAUCUGGUUGGUAUCAGUGUUGACGAAGGACUUGGCAGGGCGGUCUUUUCUGGAACUGCUAGCGGUGACAGUGCCAACCAGGAGGAAGAUAUAACCGCUCGACUUGGCCAGAGCUCCAAUGCCGGCAGUUCCGGGGCCCGCAAAAUUGGUGUGGCCUGGUUCCGCGUUGGUCAGGUGGCUCCGACCACCCUAGAAGAACUUGAGGAAACAGGCGAAGACCAGUGGGGCGGUGUUGCUGUCCUUGACCCGGCCACUACUCGCAUGGUGCAGGCUGGAAGUGACGUGAGCCGUGUGCCUGGUGUGCUCGGCAAUGGGUGGGAGUACUGGCUGGGGGUUAAGACGAUCCCUAAGAGCGUCCAUGAUUCCCCAGCGCCUCAUGGCAUUCUUGCCGAUCCGCCUCAGUCAUUCAUUCCACCCUUGCAGCAGCGUAUCCGUGAUUUGAUGUCUGCUGCUACCAGCCCCAGGGCUAUCCAAUUGGGAAUGAAGCCUGUCUUCAUUCUUCUCAGAUCCCAGCAGAGACAUAUCGGCAAGGCCACUGUCGCGACUCGGGCGGGCGCAGAUAUAGGUCUCCACACAUUCCCUAUUGACGCAUACGAUAUCUUGACCGAAGGAGGAGCGAAUGGUGGCGACGUCAAGACCGAAGCAUACCUCAAGGCCCGAGCCGAACGGGCCUUCCACUGUGGACCAAACUGUACUUCGCUGCUUAUCAAGCAUAUCGAAGUCUUAACUGCUGAUCGCAUCGUCACUGCCUUGACCGAUAUCUUGACUGACGCAAGAGUUGUCAUUGCCACUACCACCGAUGUCGAAACAAUCCCCGAGGGUAUUCGCAGUCUUAUCACUCAUGAGUUUGAGAUGGGCGCCCCGGAAGAAAAGGAGCGCGAAGGCAUUCUGAACAACGCUGUCGCAGAGCGAGGCAUCAAGCUUUCAGCUGACGUGGACCUGGGAACUGUUGCUUUGAAGACUGCGGCACUUGUCGCAGGAGACCUGGUCGAUGUCGUGGAACGUGCUGCUGGAGCGCGAACGGCUCGUCUCGAAGGCCUAGCAGCGGCCAGCAAGAAACUCUCUGGCUCCGAGGUCUUCGUCAGAGAUGUCUUGCUGGCAGGAGGCGAUGGUGCACGGGGUGUCAACAAGGCAGACUUCGACUUUGCUGUUGAGGCUGCCCGCAAAAACUUUGCCGAUUCGAUUGGUGCUCCUAAGAUUCCAAACGUUGGCUGGGAUGAUGUUGGUGGUUUGACCAACGUUAAGGACGCUUUGAUUGAGACCAUUCAGCUGCCACUUGAGCGACCCGAGCUUUUCGCGAAGGGCAUGAAGAAGCGCAGUGGUAUCUUGUUUUAUGGUCCUCCUGGUACCGGAAAGACCCUUCUUGCUAAGGCCAUUGCCACCGAGUUCUCCCUUAAUUUCUUCUCCGUCAAAGGACCUGAAUUGCUUAACAUGUACAUUGGUGAAUCCGAAGCAAACGUGCGCCGCGUAUUCCAACGUGCCCGGGAUGCUCGCCCUUGCGUCGUGUUUUUCGACGAGCUGGACUCUGUCGCUCCAAAGCGCGGCAAUCAGGGAGACAGUGGUGGUGUGAUGGACCGUAUCGUCAGUCAGCUGCUUGCUGAGCUGGAUGGCAUGAACGGUGGCGAGGAGAACAGCGGUGGUGUCUUCGUCAUUGGUGCGACUAACCGUCCCGAUCUGCUUGACACUGCUCUUCUACGUCCUGGUCGCUUCGACAAGAUGCUCUACCUGGGCGUUUCAGAUACACACAGGAAGCAAGCCACUAUUCUCGAAGCUCUAACUCGGAAGUUCGCUCUUCACCCGGAGGUCUCCCUUGACCGUGUUGCUGAACAGCUUCCUUUGACUUAUACCGGUGCUGAUCUGUACGCUCUCUGCUCUGAUGCCAUGCUGAAAGCCAUCACUCGAAAGGCUACGGCCGUUGAUGAAAAAAUCAAGAGUCUGCCUAAUGGACCCGUUAGCACUGCCUGGUUCUUUGACCACCUUGCGACGCCAGAGGAUGUCAAUGUGCUUGUAAUGGAAGAGGACUUCCUGUCUGCUCAAGGAGAGCUGGUUCCCAGUGUUAGUGCCAAGGAACUUGAACACUUUGAACGCAUCCGCGACACAUUCGAAGCAGUAGACAAAUCAAAGCAAGACCCCAAGGCCGCAGCACCACAGACAAUCGCCGAGGCUAUGGAAGCAUUCAGCCUAGGCGAAGGCAUCACAAUAGACGGAACACCAUCAACCAAUGGCGACAAAACCCCAACAGGAAGUAUUCGCGGCCGCAUAAAGAGUCUGAACAAAUUUUCGGGCGGGCCUUCGCGCAGUGCCAGUGGCCAAUCAACAACCAGCAGCAAGGGCAAGGGCAAGAGCAGUAAGAAAGGAAAGGGAGUCCGCGCUGCAGAGUCCGAUGGAUCUGUUGAUGGCGAUGAGGAGGAUAUGGCAGAUGGUGCCAAUGAGGAUGAUGAUGACGACUACAUCGUCCGGACUGCUCACUUGGCGAAUCCAAUGGAGGAGGUUGAAUAG